UUUGGCGUAGGUGCAUAAGCUUUGCACUAUGUCUGGACGUGGCAAGCAAGGCGGCAAAGCUCGCGCCAAGGCCAAGACUCGCUCCUCGCGGGCCGGGCUCCAGUUUCCCGUAGGCCGAGUGCACCGUCUGCUCCGUAAGGGCAACUACGCCGAGCGGGUCGGGGCCGGCGCGCCGGUGUACCUGGCGGCGGUGCUGGAGUACCUGACGGCCGAGAUCCUGGAGCUGGCGGGCAACGCGGCCCGCGACAAUAAGAAGACGCGCAUCAUCCCGCGCCACCUGCAGCUGGCCAUCCGUAACGACGAGGAGCUCAACAAGCUGCUAGGCAAAGUCACCAUCGCUCAGGGCGGCGUCCUGCCCAAUAUCCAGGCCGUGCUGCUGCCCAAGAAGACUGAGAGCCACCACAAGGCCAAGGGCAAGUAAGAUCUGAAUUAAUACUCCAAUCUCUAAGAACAAAGGCUCUUUUCAGAGCCACCCACAACUUAUGUGGAAGAACUGAACACUGUCCUGAAACCUAUCACGAAUCCCUGGCUAAGUUUACAGUACUGUACGUUGAAAUAUGUAGUCCUAUUGAUUUGACCGAGCAUGCGUUAACUCAUCUGGUAAAAACUAGUUUGCAGUUUACUCUUGUAAAACCAUGAAAGCGGCCGCAUUUAUUGUCCCCUCCCCAGGAACACAU